AUGUUCGCUGCAACGCGGCGGUGGUUCCGUCGCAAUAGGACCCCCAUUGCCAUCGGCGUGGGCGUUGUGGGCGCCGGCUACGUCGCCACCCAAUAUGUCCUCAACAAGCUGAACGAUGCCCGCGAGCGGAUGAGCGGUGAUCGCAUAGCCAAGGAGAAUCUGCGGCGGCGCUUCCAACAGAACCAGGAAGACUGCACCUACACCGUGCUGGCCCUACUGCCGACAGCGACCACGCGAAUACUCGAGUCCAUGGACGUGGAGAAGAUCACCCUCGAGAUCCAACAGAUGAAGGGCGGCAAUGGCUCCAAGUCGGUCAAGAGCGGGAGCGGCGACUCCAUGAGCCUCCCCGAGACAACAGGCAUGACCGACGAGGACGGCCGCAGCAUCGUCUCCGCGAGCGAGAGUGGCAUCCACGCCAGCCAGAUCACCGUGCCACCGGCCAGCCAGACAGAGGGCGACCAGCCACCACAGCCAGACAAGCCCAGGAGGACGAAGCGGCAGCUAUGGGGUGAUGUGACGAUCAGCUCCACAACACGGGCUUACACCCUGAUCUACACCCUCGGCCUCCUCACCAUGCUCACCCGGGUCCAGCUCAACCUGCUGGGCCGCCGCAGCUACCUCUCCAGCGUCGUGUCCCUCGCGACCGGCUCCAACUCGGCAACCAUCAGCCUCGAGAACAAUGACGACGACAACUCGGCCCAGGCCUACGGCGACGACUUCGAAGUCAACCGCAAGUACCUUACCUUCAGCUGGUGGCUACUCAACAAGGGCUGGCUGGACGUGGCCCAGCGCGUCGAGGCCGCCGUGCGACAGGUCUUUGGUCAAACAAGCCCCCGCGACCAGCUCUCCCUCGAGACCUUCGCCGCCAUGACGGGCCAAGUGCGCCGCCUGGUCGAGGGCUCGGCCGCCUUCUCGGACCCGGCGGCGCCAGGGACCACCACUACCACCGGGGGUGGCGGCGCCCCGACCAAGUGGCUAUCCUUCCUGCUGCCCCCGCCCGACAUGGAGGAGUACGUGCUCAGGGAGUCGGGCAUCCUGGACGACAGCGCUGCGUCGGCGACGCGGGCCCAAAACGAGGUGGAGGGCGAGGGCCAGUCACCACCGAAAGAACAGGAACAAGAAGAACCAUCAUCACCCACGUCCACCGCCUCGCUGCGGCGGUUACUAGACGAGACGUCGGACCUGAUCGAGGCGCCGGCCUUCACUCACGUGCUGACGCAGAUCCUGGACGCGGGCUUCGGCACGCUGCUGGACACGAAGCUGGCGCAGGGCGCCUUCGAUCUUGCACCCCCGCAGCACUCAGAGCCAGCAGCGCCAACGACAUCACCACCACCCACAAUAGACGCCAGCGGCGUCGCGAUCGUCGGCCCGGAGCAGCUGCGCCAGCGGCAGCGCUCCGAGAACAAGGUCCUGCUGCCCAAGUGCCUCUCGGUGCUGACGCGGCAGGCGCACGCCAUCGGGGCCGGCGCCCCCUCGCCCAACGAGUACCUGCAGGCCAUGGAGGCGGUGCGGGACCUCGAGGGCUUCGCGGCGCUGGUCUACUCGAGCAACUGGGAGAACGAGGUGCGCGACGAGAUGCCGCCUCCGUCGUCUUCGUCGGUGAGCGGGACGCUCACCACCGGCACGACCACGGCUGCCGGGUCGAGCGUGCGGCAGUCAAGGGUCCUAGGGCUGGGCGAUGGCGACGUAGAGGGGAGCCUUGUGCUUGUGGAGCCGUCGCAGGGCUCGUCCUCGUUUGAGAGCGCGUGGGCUAGGGCGACUGAGAAGAAGGCGGCGUCCUAG